AUGGUCCAGAGAUUCAGACCACUGUAUGAGUCAGACUCUGAGGAUGAUGAUCUCGGAGCUGUUUUACAAAACCAACUGAGGGAAGAGAGCGACGAUGACGACAUGCUGUCUCUUUCGUUUGGGGCCUUGAGUUCUGCUCAAAAAAAGCUUCAGCAGGAAGAGAGAACCGCAAGAGAGGAGGAAUCGCUGAGCGGUUCCGAGUCCGAAGAUGGGUUUUUCGAAGAUGGCAAGAAAAAGAAAGGAAAAACGCUGCAGAAGAAGAAAAAGAAGAAUAAGCAUGCUCCAUCAGAGAGCUCAUCGAAGAAACCAGUGAGUCGAAUAAGAGAAAUUCCCGGAUUGAAGCAGAAGAAAGACACAACACUUUAUACAGAUAUAAGGUUCGAUUCUGCCUACGGUAAAGCAGAUUGGGACCGAAUCAGAAAGGACUACGCUUUUCUAGAUGAGUAUAGACAAAAGGAAAUUGAGCAAAUGCGGGGCAUUUUGAACAACAAAAAGGAGAGAUCAAAACUUUCAGACCAUGAGAUAGAAGAUUUGGAAUUCAAGAUUCAGUCGCUUCAGUCCAGGCUCGACACGUUGAAAAACCGUGACUUGAGCAACAAGAUCUUGAAGGACCACAAGAGGGAGCAGAUGGCGAAGAUGAGAAAGGGAGAGCAAGUGAAUCCAUACUUCUUGAAGAAGUCGGAGCAGCGCAAGAUGAUCCAGAAGGCUAAGUUUGAAAGCUUGAAGUCGUCGCAGAGAGAGAAGGUCAUGGAGAGAAAGAGAAAGAGGCGGUUGGGCAAGGAGUUCAGGGCCAUGGAGUUCAGGUGA